AUGUGGAGAGGCUUUGGGGCCAUGUGGAGCUUGGGGGCCUGGUGCAUGCUGGGGCGAGUUCUGAGCCAAAGUGUCCAAAGCUCUCCCGACAGGAGUUGCAUGUUGCAGUUCUCGGCAGCCCAUAAACAAAAACUCGAUGCAUCGGAGCUGGGCUGCUCUUCCAGCGCUGACUGGACAGAGCAGUUGCGCGUGACGGCGCUAAACUCCACGAGCAGCAGCUUUUACGGUACAUCGUCUUCCUCAGGAGCCGAAGGUAAUACCAGCCUCAUGGCAUGGUCACCGAAUUCGGGAACGGUCCCUGGUGAUGUACUCGUUUUCAAGCACUCAGCAUCUGCAGGAUGGGAGGUAGAGGCGAACCUCACGGAAGUGGCAAGGCAGAACGUAACCUUGCGGGCUUCAUGGGCGAAUGAGGCGGCCCUGAGCAGCGAGAAGAUCGUCGUGGCCUCGGAGAACGUGAAUAUGGAUUGCUCCACGCACACCUUCAAGUACGACGGGGCUUCCUGGGUUUUCUUGGGACAGCAAUCGUUUCCAGGCUUUCAGUGCUAUAACUCCGCCUUUACGGCUCUUGGGGGAGACUUACUGGUCCUUUCCGUUCACUAUGGGGCGACCAGGGUUUUCCAGACCUUCCGGCUGCAAGGAUCCUUGUGGUCCCUCGUGCCCACUGCUGAAAUACAGCUUGUCUCCAGCGAAAUUCCCUGGUUCGCGAGUGAUGGUAGGACUUUGGUCAUUCAAGCGGAAUCACGGGUGCGUGUCUACCGGUGGGCUGGGAACUCUUGGUCCAAUGUAGCAAGCUUCUCAGCACCAGCUCAAUCUGGUCAAGGUGUGGACGUGGACGGAGACUACAUCAUCGCCAGCUGGCGGAUCAGAUACAACAUUACAGACACCCCGCGGAUAGAGACGGCGAUCUACGAAGAGCAGGGUGGGCUGUGGUCAGAGGUCUUCCGGUUCGACAACGACUUCAGUGGACUUUCCCGACCGCGGCGGGUACUGGGGAUCUCCUCCUCUGGCAAGGCCAUCGUGGACUGUGCUUUUGCUGUGGGCUGCUCCGGUAUCACCAUCCUCGAGGCUCGAACCCAGUAA